AUGGAUAUCGAUUUCAUGCUAGACCCCUCUUAUGAGCGUGCUUUCGCUGGUCCCUCUGGAUCCUUGACAAGGGCGCCAGAAUUCCCCCUAACAGAGGUCACCUUUUCCGACUCAGGCUCCGUGUCUCUGCCGAGCAGGAAGAGGGAAAGGACAUCGACGCAGAACAACAGCGUAGAUCUGGUCCAUAAGUCGCGAAGGACUACAUCACCAUCAUCCUGGACGACCCGUGACCCGUUCAGUACUCCUACUGAGCGAGACGGUAGCGGCGCACUCGACUAUAUUGACCUUACUGGGGGCGAUGAAGUCAGCAAGCCUGACGUUUUUCGACAAUCAAGGGAAGCCGCUCGGUACGAGCAAGAGGAGGCAGAUCGUAAGAUGGCUCUCCAGCUCUCAAGCCAGGCGCCGUUUUGGUCUGACCAACCAUUCUCCACGAACCCGAACGAUGUCUUUCAUCGUCUCAUGGCCACUCAACAACUGAAUUAUGGCCCAGCGGACACGAGACGUGAGAGCGAGCCCCCGUCAGACAACCUCGGCUCCCAUAGCAAUGAUGGCCCACGGUCGGGCAACCAUGACCUCCCCCGUGACGGCACUUCUGCUACGAGAGGCGAUCCCACUAUGCAGAUGCCGGGAUCCUACAAUGCUUCUUGGCACGAUCCCGAGCACACAGGGCUCCCACAUAACCCCUCUUGGGCGAGAGGCCGGGGGGCUCCGAUGGGGUGGGAGAGUAUGCUACCAGUCUCGCUGGAAAGUCUUCCUGGAGAACCUCCACUAGGUCGAGCAGAUGGCACGGAUCGUCAUCAGUCUUCAUCAGAUAACCUCGAACGUCGGUUUCCGGCGGGCGGUGGAUUCAGGCACCCAUCCGGCGCGCCCUGGGGUUCCAUGCAGCCGGCGUCGGACCGCUUGUCGAGCGUAAUCAACCGCACCAGCCAAUUUGAUUUCGUCAACGGGACCGAUGGGUCGGGCAACGCCCUUCCCGAGAGGGUGACGGACUACCUUCACGAUAUUAUGCACGACUCGAGAGUGACGGAGAAGGAGCUGGACGAUCUUUUGCAGAACAUCCGCCCCGACAUGGAGAUCCCGGAGAAGAACCGGAAUGGUACGCCCGAAGGUCUCAAGGGGACCUUGUAUUAUCAUCAGGAGCUGGCAUUGACGUGGCUGAAGAGUAUGGAGGAGGGGACCAACAAAGGUGGCAUUCUCGCCGACGACAUGGGUCUCGGAAAGACGAUAUCUGUCAUAUCCCUCAUGCUGGUAAGCAAGGCUACGUCCCGGCCAAAGACAAACCUCGUCGUUGCGCCACUCGCUCUGGUGCGGCAGUGGGAAGAGGAGAUCAAGACAAAGGUCAAGGCUCCGCACAGGCUGUCCACGUUCAUCUACCAUCAGAAGAAGGCGACGACGGAGGACCUCCUCAAGUACGACGUCGUCCUCACCACCUAUGGGACCCUAGCGGCAGAGCUCAAACGGCUGGAGAAGUUGCAGGAGGAGGACAGGGAGAGGCGGGUCAACUUCAAUGACAAGGCGAUCGCGGAAAAGUGCCCCCUGCUGCACCCGACCAAGGCCAACUUCCACCGAAUCAUCCUCGACGAAGCUCAGUGCAUCAAGAAUCAGAAGAGUCAGACGUCCAGGGCGGCUUGCCGUCUUCAGGGUACGCACCGCUGGUGCCUGACGGGAACGCCCAUGAUGAAUGGUGUCGUGGAGCUGUUCGCUCUUCUCCAGUUCCUCAAGAUCAAGCCGUAUUGCCACUGGGAUAUUUUUCGGCAGACUUUUGGCACCUUGUUUGGAAAGAAGGGCGAGCCCAGAGGUCAGGCCAUGAAGAGGCUAAGAACUAUCCUCAAGGCCAUCAUGCUCCGACGCAAGAAGGACUCGCAGCUUGAUGGGAAGCCGAUCUUGCGUCUACCUUCCAAGACGGAAACACAGGUCCACGUGGAACUGUCUGCCGACGAGCUCGACUUCUACAAGCAGCUGGAGAGUAAGUCGCAGGUCCUGUUCAACAAGUAUCUCCGCGAGGGGACCGUGGGCAAGAACUACUCCAACAUCCUAGUGCUCCUGCUCCGACUCCGCCAAGCUUGCUGCCACCCGCACCUGAACCUGGACGUAGAGGAAUCAUCCGAGGCAUCGACGGCGGACAUGAUAGAGCUGGUCAAGAAACUGGACCAGUCAAUCGUGACUCGGAUCAAGGAGAUUGACGCCUUUGAGUGCCCCAUCUGCUAUGAUGCCGUGCAGAGCCCGUCCUUCUUCAUCCCCUGCGGCCACGACAGCUGCAAGCAGUGCCUCAGCCGGCUGGUGGACAGCAACAUGGAAGCCGCCAUCCGUCAGGGAAACGAGAGCUCCAGGUGCCGCUGCCCAGUAUGCAGAGGCGAAUUCGACCCUAGGAAGUGCUUCACGUACGAGGCCUUCCGCGAGAUCCACAUGCCCCAGGCAGUCGAGACGCAAGAUGAAGCCAAGGUUGAGGAAGUCGCUGACAGCGAAGACGACGAUGACUCCGGAUCUGACUUCGACUCGGAGGCAGACUCCAACGCCGACGACGUCGAUAGCAACGGCAACCUCUGGGACUUUAUCGUCGACGACGAAGACGGUGAGGACAGCAAGGACGCCGUGCUCGGCAGGGAAGUCAGCUCCGAGAACAAGCUUCGGGAGGGGGGGGGGAGGGAGAAGUUCAAGAAGAAGAACAAGAAGAAGAGGGGCAAGGGUAAGGGCAAAGACGAGGCCGAAGAGGUCAAGCCGACGAUGCUCAAGACGCUUCGCAAGGAAGCAUACAAGAACCGCGAGACGUACCGAAAGUAUAUGGCGUACCUGCGCAAGACAUGGCUGCCCUCGGCUAAGGUGACGGAGACGAUGAAACUCCUGCGGCAGAUCGAGGAUGGCGUCCUAUCCGACGGCAACCACGGCCCGGAGAAGACCAUCAUCUUCUCACAGUGGACCUUCCUCCUCGACCUCCUCGAGGUGGCCAUGCGGCACGAGGGCUUCUCGCACCGACCCCAACGCUACGACGGCAGCAUGUCGGCCACGCAGCGCAACGACGCGGCCCACGCGUUCCGCAGCAAGGCUGACGUCCGCGUGAUACUCGUGUCGCUGCGCGCGGGGAACGCCGGCCUCAACCUCACGGCCGCGUCGCGCGUCAUCAUCCUCGACCCCUUCUGGAACCCAUACAUCGAGAUGCAGGCCAUCGACAGGGCGUACCGCAUCGGCCAGUCCCGCGAGGUCGUGGUCUAUCGAAUCCUCACCACCGAUACAGUAGAGGACCGCAUCGUCGAGCUGCAAGAGCGCAAGAAGGAGAUGGUCGAGGCCGCUCUGGACGAGUCAGAGUCGCGCAAGAUUGGGAGGCUUUCCACCAAGGAGUUACGUUUCUUGUUCAACGGAACGAGGUGA